AUGGUUUACUUGUGUACUUACCCCGAGUGUAAGAAAAGAUUGAGCUCUAAAUACAACCUGAAAAGACACAUAGAAUGCUGCCAUAAGAAAAUACGGCGCUUUGAAUGCAUGGUCUGCUUUAAAAAGUUUUCAUCAGCCCAAAAUUUAAAGGAGCACAUGUUCCUCCACGACGAUAUACAGCAGCAAGAACAAAUUAAAAUGCCAGAAAAUUACGUUCCAGAUCGUAAUAUUGGCGUCCCUAAACUUACAGAUUUAGUCUUUCUUUCCAUAGACCCAGAAAUCCGCCCACUGAUGAAGGUUAUACGUUUAUACCCUUAUGCACCAGUUACUGUGACUAAAAUAUAA